GUAGCAACCGGUACACAAGAGAAGAAGCGCAUAAUCAACGAGAUUACCCAGCAGUUCCUUCGCACCUUCCGUUUAUCGAAUGGGAAAAACAAAGAAAAUGGCAUCGAUGCACGUACAUGUGCUGCUGAUUUAUCGCGCACAAAUUGUCUAAUUGCUUCACGUUUGGUAUCAUCUUCACACGAGUAUAUGGAAGAGAUGGUUAGGGAGUACAUGAGAAGUGCUAGGGAAAGAUUCUUGAGUGCGAAACAGGUAACCCCAAACUGGCCGAAAACGUAUAAGCCGAUCAUUCAGCGCCUCAUCACUUAUGAUUACUUGUAUCAAUCAAUAUUGUGGAAAGCCGGCACUACAAAGUAA